CUGUGAGUUGGCCGAUACCCAAUAGGGCCGACAGUCCAUAAGCACGACUUUGCAUCGUUCACAAAAACUUCGAACUUUCUCACACCAUCCCGUUUGAAAACCCUCACUGAACUACAAAGUACAAACCUUAAACCCUGUCUCCCUUUCCAUCUCUCUCUCUCUCUCUCUCUCUCUCUCAGUUAGCUUUCAUACAUGCAACAAUGGCUGGUUCAUCAAAGUCCAAAAAACCUUCAAAAAUCCCAGAAGACAUAGACGCUAUCAGAUCCGACGUGGCCUCUUUUGCUUCUUCUCUUGGUCUCUCUUCCUCUCUCCCAUCCUCCUCUUCUGGCUUCAACGAUUCUGAUUUUCUAAAAACUGGUCCUCUCAAACCAAAACCCAACAAGUCUCAAAAGCAAAAAAACCAGAAGAUCAACAAUACCAAUGAAAACAAUGAGAAAUUCAAGCCUAAUAAGGGGUUUGAUAAACCAAAACCAAAUCCUAAGUAUACCCAGAAGCCAAAGUUUCAGAAUUUCAAUCCAAAUGAGAGAGACAAGAAUACCCAGAAGCCAAAAGACCAAGCUUUGAACACAAAUGAGAAAUUCAAGCCUAAACCACCUGUACUGGCAGUUGAUGACAGUGAUAAGCAAAGGGGUUUUGAUAAGUUCAAGAAUUUAACAAAGCUGCCAUUGAUGAAAGCUAGUGGGUUGGGAGUGUGGUAUGUGGAUGCUGCUGAAUUGGAAGCAAGAGUUGUUGGAGAGGGGAAGAGAGUGGAGGCAAGAAAUGUGCAGCAAUGGAAGAGUGUGGUGGAGAAGAAGAGGGAGCUUGGGGAGCGGUUGAUGGCACAGUAUGCAAAGGAUUAUGAGGCCUCAAGAGGGCAGAGUGGGGAUAUUAAGAUGUUGGCGGCCACACAGAGGUCGGGUACUGCAGCUGAUAAGGUCUCGGCCUUUGCAGUUAUGGUGGGAGAUAAUCCAAUUGCCAAUUUGCGGUCGCUCGAUGCACUUUUAGGAAUGGUAACAUCAAAAGUUGGGAAGCGUCAUGCACUGACUGGUUUUGAUACUCUGAAAGAACUGUUUAUUUCAAGUUUACUACCUGAUCGUAAGCUGAAGAGCCUCUUGCAGAGACCAGUAGAUAAUCUUCCCGAGACAAAGGAUGGUUAUUCCCUUCUACUUUUCUGGUAUUGGGAGGACUGCUUAAAGCAGAGGUAUGAACGCUUUGUUAUUGGACUUGAGGAAGCAUCAAGAGAUAUGUUACCUGCACUAAAAAAUAAGGCUUUGAAGACAAUUUAUGUGCUGCUGAAGAGUAAAUCAGAACAAGAACGGAGGCUGCUCUCUGCAUUAGUUAACAAACUGGGAGAUCCUGAAAAUAAGGCCGCAUCCAAUGCUGACUUUCACUUAGCAAACCUUCUGUCUGACCAUCCAAAUAUGAAGGCUGUGGUGAUUGAUGAGGUGGAUUCUUUACUUUUUCGGCCGCAUCUAGGAUUUCGAGCAAAGUACCAUUCUGUUAACUUUUUGAGCCAAAUUCGUCUCAAUCAUAGGGGAGAUGGACCAAAGGUGGCAAAACGUUUAAUAGAUGUAUAUUUUGCACUUUUCAAGGUUCUGAUUACCGAGGCUGAAGCUGAUAAAAAGAUAGAUGAAAGUGGCAAAGCAGUGGAUAGAAAAGCUUAUGGUUCUAAGAAGGAUGGCGAAGUGAAAAGUUCAUCAGAAACUCAUGUUGAAUUGGAUUCACGGCUUUUAUCUGCUCUUCUAACGGGAGUUAAUAGAGCAUUUCCGUUUGUCUCAAGCAAUGAAGCUGAUGACAUUAUUGAGGUCCAAACACCAACGCUUUUUAAAUUGGUUCAUUCAAAGAAUUUUAAUGUAGGAGUUCAAGCAUUAAUGCUUCUUGAUAAGAUCUCAUCUAAGAACCAAAUUGUUAGCGACCGGUUUUACCGUGCCUUGUAUGCAAAACUCCUACUUCCAUCUGUCCUGAAUUCUUCAAAGGCUGAAAUGUUUAUUGGACUUCUUCUUAGAGCAAUGAAAAGUGAUGUGAAUUUAAAGCGUGUUGCAGCUUUUGCAAAGCGUGUUUUGCAGGUUGCACUUCAGCAGCCUCCUCAAUUUGCCUGUGGAUGCAUUUUUCUCCUCUCUGAAGUUCUUAAAGCUAGGCCACCCUUGUGGAACAUGGUGCUUCAGAAUGAGUCAAUUGAUGAAGAGCUUGAACAUUUUGAAGAUGUUGUUGAAGAAACUGAUGAUGAACCAAACACUACAUCAAAGAAAGAAGAACAUGUUGUUGGGCUUGUUCAUGGUAGUGAUGCUGCUAAGUCUGACAGUGCAUCUUCUGAUGAUGAAGAUGACACUCCUGCUUCUGAUUCUGAAGAUGUUUCGGAUGGAGAGGAAUUGCUUGUGAGAAAUGACUCAAAAGAUCUUGAGGAAUCCAAAACCUUAUCUGAACUUAAUGGGCAGCAACGUCAAGUAUCCUCUAAGUCAUCUUUGUUGCCUGGAGGGUACAAUCUGCGGCAUAGAGAACCCUCUUACUGCAAUGCGAAUCAUGUAAGCUGGUGGGAGCUGGUGGUACUUGCUUCUCAUUCGCACCCUUCGGUUGCUACCAUGGCUAAAACCCUUCUUUCGGGGGCCAAUAUUGUCUACAAUGGAAACCCACUGCAUGACCUAUCACUGACUGCUUUUCUAGACAAAUUCAUGGAGAAGAAACCAAAGCCAAGCACAUGGCAUGGUGGUUCCCAAAUCGAACCUUCUAGGAAGCUUGACAUGAACAAUAAUUUAAUUGGGCCAGAGAUUCUCUCUUUGGCUGAAGUUGAUGUACCCCCUGAGGAUCUUGUCUUUCACAAGUUUUAUGUGAAUAAAAUGACUUCCUCCAAGAAACCAAAAAAGAAAAAGAAGAAAGGAGCAGAGGAAGAGGCUGCUGAAGAUUUGUUUGAAGUGGAUGGUGUUGAAGUGGAUGACGGUGAAGUGGAUGGCGGUGAUGAGAGUGAUAACGAAGAAAUUGAAAAUAUGUUGGAUUCGGCUAAUGUUUCCAUGGAAGCAGAUGGUGACUAUGAUUAUGAUGAUUUGGACCAAGUUGCUAAUGAAGAUGAUGAAGACUUGGUUGGUAAUGUCAGCGAUGCAGAAACAGAUGUCCCCUCAGAUAUUGCUGAGGGAGAAGAUUUUGAUGCCAUUGCAGAUGAUGAUCACAGUGACAAUGGCAAUGAUGUUGAUAUAGGGGAUGCAGAUGAUGAUGUUGAUAAUGAGGAUGGGGAUGAGGAUGAGAUAUUUGACCAAAGAAAAAGAAAACCAAAGGCUGGUGGCAAGGCUGCAGCUUCCCCAUUUGCAAGUCUUGAAGAUUAUGAGCAUUUGUUGAAUGGGGAUAGUCCUGCUAAAGAGGGUUCCACAAAAAAGAAGCUCAAGUCACGAAAGAAAAGAAAAGUCACCAAAAAUGAAUCUUGACAACUCAUUCACUAUACUGUCUGAUCUAGGAAACACAA